CCGCCUUCAUUUCUCCUCCACAAACUCCAUUGCGAAUCCAGACAGAAGCCUGUUUUUCGCACCAGACAUUCUCAAGCCAUCAUCCGCUCCUAUUCUACCACCAGGGAUCCCAGCAUAUCUUAUUGUUGCCCUAGGUGCUAGCUAUUGUGCUGCGCUAUUUGUCGCAAUUGUUGCUCUUGAUUUCCAAAGUUCCCGAUACCAUUUCGUUGCAAAGCUCGAGUCGCCCCCAAACACCCUUCGUCUCCAAAACACUCAACAACUCGCUGCCAACUCCGAAUACCUCGUCACGAAUUUUUUACUAGUCACGCUCCUGGUCUGACCAUCGCGGGUGCCGCGGCCGAUGCAAAGCGCGCAAUCGCAAUUUAGACAUCUCAACUGUUGAACAAUGGCGGGCACAAUGGAACCGCUUGUGCCAUCAACACCUUCCCCAGGCCCGACCUCCAGAAUCCGAACGCCUCCAGCCCCGCUUCACGGCUACUCGGAUUCUUACGAACCCUACACCCCGCGCAAAUCAACCCGCAUUGCGCAACGGGUGACUAACAGAACACCUUCACCUCAACCUUCCUCCCGGCACCAGCCCUCCCAUCAACAAGGGACCGCUCUUGGUUCCCCAAAGUCGACCGAAAAGCGCUUUGUCUCCACGAUGGCUACGCCCGCCAUGUCGCCUCAAAAGAAGCGAUUGCCUCCUGUUGAUCCGUCGCGCAGAGCUUCAGGCACUCUGACCGCUGAAGGAACUGCAAACGCUGCAGUGGCGCUCGGACUGUCGCCGGCGCCGAAACCAGAGUCACUUCCUCACCAAAGGGGCGCGACAACUGGCGCAGGAAUGCUCAUUACACCAGCCAAGACCCCUCAGAAAUCGCUCGACGAAAAGAUCAAGGCCAAGGUCAAGUCGGUUGCCCGCAACCUCUUUCACAACGACGACGAGAAGGUCGUGCCAAGCCCAGGCAAAAUGCGGGCGCAAACCGACAACCCCGAUAGCUUCUACAGCAACGAAGCCGCCGAAAUCUCGUUCCAGAUCUACACGGACUCCCACGAGCGCGUUCCGGAAAUCGACCAGAGCGCCGAUAACCCGUUCUAUGUCACGCAGAACACUGUAACCCCCCAGGCCCCGAGGCGCCGGAGCAAGCGUCAGACUGUCACCAUCCCGGGCGAAGGCAAGGUGUCGAUUGAUGACGCUGUACGCCGCACUGAUGGCAUGUUGAUCGUUUUCCGUGGCAAGAAGCAAUUCCGCAAGUUUGCUGAGACUGAGGAACCGAGCAACCGCGAGGGCCUGGACGAGGGCGAUGGUGGCCUAGCGGGUGCUGUCGAAUCGCGCACGAAACGGCAUUUCACCCGCUCCUCGGUUCAACCACGCCUGUUAUUCCCCACGGCCACUUCGGACGAGUCAAACGACGUGAACGAAGAUGAAGAGGCGGCAACCGAUAUUGAGGAUCACGUGUUGGCUGCAAUGGAGGCGGACAAGCCGGAGACUCCGAUUGAUCUGGUUGACGAGGCUCCUGGCACCCCGGAAGCACCGCGACACGGGCCAGCUUCGCCGCCGACAACCGCGCGCACCACGCGUUUUAGGAGCAAGAAGACUGGAGACCCCGCGAAAGCUCAACAGCCUGCUAAGCGCAGUCCCUUUGACAGCUGGCGCCGGGUCAAGGGCGGCGCUCAAAGCACCAGCCAUAAGCGGUCGGGCGACGAUCUCCCCGCCGGCGCUCCCAAGCGUACUAGAGCCUAAGCCGCAUAGUGGGUCUAUCAACGGUGGAGAGCAUCGAAGCCGAUUUGGCAAGCUUCGAAUCCCAGCCAAGAUGAUUUAUUUCAUGGAUUACUUGCUUCUUCGGCGACCUUCCGGGCCUGCAUUGAAUUUUGUGGUGAACAGGGUUUUUGCGGUACUGGGACACGGGCCACUGCUCAGCUCUGUUUGUUUUGGUUUCCUUUCCAUGGCCAUGCCUGGGUGCUUGGUAUCGACGGCCGGAGGUAACGGGCUUGUUGGACACGAGCGAUCUCAUAUCAGCGACCCGGGUAGGAUCAUAAAUGUGGCUUCUCUAGAGUUAAGGAGAAUGGGUAGGUCGGAAGGGUUAGAAGGCAAGGUCGUCAGCAUUUGUAUGUAUCUCGCACGACACAUGCCGCAGCUAUCCAGAGUCGGGCUGCAGCAUAGUAAUACAGCACGGAAAGUCAACUCAUCCCAACCCAAC